AUGGCGACUUCGUAUCUGCAUUCUUCUACGGAGACACGUCGAGGACCGGAAACGCGCAAGACACGUAUAGUCUGCAUAUCCGACACACAUAAUCAGACGCCCAAACUGCCCGCCGGAGACGUUCUCAUCCAUGCUGGAGACCUGACGAAUCAAGGCUCGUACUCGGAGCUCCAGAAGACAGUAGAAUGGCUUGAGAAGAGUGACUUUGAAGCAAAGAUUAUCAUUGCCGGAAAUCACGAUAUAACGCUAGAUGCCCCGUUCUACCAUUCGCAUGGGAAAUCUUGGAGAUGGCCUAAACCCCAAGACCCUGCUGCAUGCCGUGAACUCUUAAUCUCCUCCCCGUCAAUCACAUACCUAGAGAACGAGGCUACAACUAUCAAGCUUACCUCACCUAAAGGGCCUAAGACAUAUUUUACCGUGUUUGGUAGCCCUUGUACGCCUAAACACUCAAACUGGGCGUUUCAAUAUGACGAGCAUGAUGCUGCAGAGGUAUGGCGUAAGAUUUCAGAUGGGGUGGAUGUAGUGGUUACGCACACACCACCCAAGGAGCUUUGCGAUGGCGCAACGAACGACGACCGGUCAGGAUGUCCGGCUCUGACGAAGAGGUUGUGGGAAGUCAAGCCUGUGUUGAGUGUUUGCGGGCACAUUCAUGCGGGCCGGGGUGUUGAGAGGGUGAGAUGGGGGACGAAUUCUGACGACGUCAACAGCCUGGUGGACUCUAUCGAAUAUUGGACCGACCCAGGCAAGGGGAACAAGAAGCUCUCCUUGGUCGACCUUACCAAGAAAACAGGGCGUGCCUUGGGCUACCAUGGCGGAGGCUUGACACGUCAACACGUUCAUUAUGGCUCGCUAAGGUAUGAUGCUGGGGGCCAGCCUGAUGCAGCUUUAUCUCUGCCUCAAGAUGAAGGACUCCAUCAGCCUCGUUCCGGUGAUGAGAAGCUUAUCCCAGCCUCGAGCCUCACCAAUUUUGCCCUCUGUCGAAAUGAGGCGUUAUUGCGGGGAAAUCAAGUGGGUAAGGCUAUGGAUCCCCCAAGCGAUGUCGGGCCUGGGAGUCCUGACAAGGCUGCCUUUCAACCCGAGAUAGAAGACGGCCGUCAGCGGAAGAGGCUAGCCGGAAAUGUGGAGCGUAAGGAGACUGUGGUAGUCAAUGCUGCCUAUCUUGGGCCGCGGGUUGCUGGGAAGGCGGUUGGGUUCAACAAGCCCAUCGUCGUUGACGUUGACCUGCCUGUAUGGAAGUGUGAAGUCGAGAUUGAGGUAGGAUGA